AUGACUGUGCCCAUUGGCAGCACGCCAGCGCCGCAGGGGGCAGGCAGCCAGGUGGUCAGGCUGCUGCUGGUGGUGGUGUUGAAGGUGAUGGUGAUGGUGAAGGUGAUGAACGUGGUGGUGGGCGCGCACAGGCUGCUCCGGGAGCCGCCGCCGCAGGGCCGGGCGCUGGGCGGGCUGCUGCGCUGGGUGGGCGCCAGGAUGGGCGAGCCCCGGGCGCCGCUGGCCCCCGACGUCCCCGACGCCCCCGCUGCGGACCCCGGCCCCGGCCCGGGGCCCGGCUCGCCGCGCGGGGGCACCGCCGUCAUCCUGGACAUUUUCCGCCGGGCCGACAAAAACGACGAUGGGAAGUUGUCCUUGGAGGAGUUCCAGCUCUUCUUCGCAGAUGGUGUCCUCAACGAGAAAGAACUAGAGGAUCUCUUCCACACGAUCGACUCCGACAACACCAACCACGUGGACACCAAGGAGCUGUGCGAUUACUUUGUGGACCACAUGGGGGAUCAUGAGGACGUCUUGGCCUCCCUGGAGACCUUGAAUCACUCUGUCCUGAAGGCCAUGGGCUACACCAAGAAGGUGUAUGAGGGCGGGAGCAACGUGGACCAGUUUGUGACACGCUUUCUGCUGAAGGAGACGGCCAAUCAGAUCCAGUCGCUGCUGAGCUCCGUGGAGAGUGCGGUGGAGGCCAUCGAGGAGCAGACCAGCCAGAUCCGACGGAACCACAGCAAGCCCAGCCACGGCGUGGUGGAGACCUGGUCUGGAAGCGCUGUGCCCCCCCACGCCCCCAACCCCAAGCUGGGGGCCUCGGAACAAGGGAAGAGUCUUCCUUCUGUCACUGCGGACCCCAAGGAGGAGGGCCUGGAAGCCCAGAUCAGCCGCUUGGCAGAACUAAUAGGGCGGCUGGAGAGUAAGACCCUUUGGUUUGACCUUCAGCAGCGCCUCUCGGAUGAAGAAGGCACCAACAUGCACCUGCAGCUGGUCCGGCAGGAGAUGGCCGUGUGCCCCGAGCAGCUGAGCGAGUUCGUGGACUCCCUCCGCCAAUACGUGCGGGGCACUGCCGGGGCCAGGAACUGCUUCCACAUCGCAGCUGUGAGGCUGGCAGACGGCUUCACCUUCGUGGUCUACGAGUUCUGGGAGACUGAGGAGGAGUGGAGGAGGCACCUGCAGAGUCCCGUGUGCAAGGCGUUCCGGCACGUGAAGGUGGACACGCUGAGUCAGCCAGAGGCCCUCUCCAGGAUCUUGGUGCCAGCUGCUUGGUGUACUGUGGGCCAUGCCUGA